CGUGGGGCACGAACGUCCAGUUCCUGCUUGGUAAUGAACCAGGAAAUGAAGCCGCGUAAAUAUUGCCUGACUGCUGUGUCAGGGCAGUAGUACUAACUUGACUGUAGAAGUUAAAAAAUACAUGUAUAUAUAAACUGCUGAGUGGAAUUACGUACAUUAUAUUUCUGCCGGCAAAAAUAUAUACAUUUAUUCGUGAUGGCGUCCUUGUUCAAGAAGAAGACAGUAGAUGACAUCAUAAAAGAGCAGAACAAGGAACUGAGGAGCACACAGCGGCAGAUUACCAGGGACCGGGCUGCUCUUGAGAAACAGGAGAAGCAAAUGGAACUGGAAAUCAAGAAAAUGGCAAAGACUGGGAACAAGGAGGCCUGUAAGAUUCUGGCUAAGCAGUUAGUCCAGCUACGGAAACAGAAGAACCGCACCUAUGCAGUGAGCUCCAAGGUCACCUCCAUGUCCACACAGACGAAGGUCAUGAACUCCCAGAUGAAGAUGGCAGGUGCCAUGUCCACGACUGCAAAAACUAUGCAGGCAGUCAAUAAGAAGAUGGAUCCGCAGAAGACCUUGCAGACAAUGCAGAACUUCCAGAAAGAGAACAUGAAGAUGGGGAUGACAGAGGAAAUGAUCAACGACACCUUGGAUGACAUCUUUGAUGAAUCAGGAGAUGAAGAAGAGUCUCAGGAUAUUGUGAAUCAGGUGCUGGAUGAGAUUGGCAUUGAGAUCUCUGAUAAGAUGGUGAAAGCACCUUCUGCUGGGAAAAACCUCCCAAGUGCCUCUGCCUCCAAAGCUCCCACUAUCUCGGAUGAGGAAAUUGAGAGACAACUGAAGGCCCUCGGUGUGGACUGAACCCCUUCCCUGGGCCUCACUGCUCUGCCUGGUUACACAAGCUACUUCAGCACCCAGAUGCAACCUUAAGUCUGUAUGUCAGGACGUAUCACAUGUGUGGUUAAUUGUUGAUGAAGAGAAAUGCUUGUUUUCCUUUUCUGGGUUAAAAUAAACGAACAGUAGGCCUUUAUGUGCAUGUUUUCGGUGUUCUGGUGGAGGAUAUCAGUCACAGUAGAAAGGUAGAUAUGCAGCAAUUGGUAGGAAGUUUGAAAUACUGACUCGUAUAUGUCAACGGGUUUAUUGUAAAUGCAUAUACAAUCCAUAAUGCAUACUGUACCCCUGUCUUGGAUUGAAGGAUUCAAUGUCAAUUUGUCAGGUAUUUUGCAUAUGGGUCUUGACAGUUCUAAUGCUGACAUUUGAUAUUUCUUAAACUACUAGGGGGAUUGUCUUGCAUGAUUUUUUUUUAUUUAUUUUUUGAAAACUUGCAGUACUUCAUCCCUCAUUUAUACUUAUAAAAUGCAUCAGGAACUCAUCUACACUUUAUAUAAUGGUGACUUGUUCACUUUGUGGGAUUUGUAAACACUAAUCUACAGUUCAUUGUAGACUAAUCUCGUGAUUCUCAUAACCGCCCAAGUAACCCCUUUAUAUAUUUAUCAUUCAGGGUAUGUUUGACACAGAAAUCAGCCUAAUUUGGCUGUAAGUUCGCUGUGUAGUUAAAUGGAGAGAGUCGAGAUACCUUUUCUGGGGACCUCGAUACAAUAGUAGACUCUACCCUGACUGCGAGGACAACACAACUUGUUUCCCCCCACUUUAUUUAAAAUGCAAGUAAUAGGGAUGAGGAUUAUUAAUCUGCACAAUGUGCACAAUCAAUAUAUUAUGGCUUUUUGUUUAGCUAAGGUAUUCUGAAUCAAAUCCUUCACCAGCAUUCCUGUAACCUCUGAGUGGCAUAAUCUGUUUCACUAACUCUCCUGGCAGCAUCUGAUGCACCAUGUUUAUUUCCAACUCUGGUAUCUGAUGUCGUCUGUGUUACUCUUGGUUUUUUUUUUGUUUUGUUUUUGUUGCCUACGUGUGGCUGACUGCAAUGCACUUGGGCCAUGUGUGAUGCAUUCAAGUGAAGCUACAUGAACAAUAUCCCCUUUGUCACUCAUGGUCGCUUAGCCAUCAUUGGCAAACGAUUCUGCAGAUGAGCUACUGCCCAGAUAAUUGUUUUAAGAAGCAUACUUGCCUUGUAGAGGUGGAAUCCUUAAUGAGUUACCCACACUCAUACCCUUACCCUACUCUAUAUACAGUAGUUUCUUUAUCUGAUGCAAGAAACCACUCCUUACCUAGAUCCUAGUGUGGCUAAGAACGUCAAAGAUCUACCAGAGAGUUUGUCUAAGGAUAUUGCUUAAGCUUGUAAAAGGGCUUUAUUGUAAAAUAAACUUUACUUAUGAAA